CCUACAGCCGAGACCUCUGACUUCACCACCAUGAGUGCACAUACAUACAGCGACCUGCAGGAGGAACAACUUAGAGAAACAGACCUAAAACUUAGUCAGCUGGACUCUGUUCGUACAGUUAGAAAGAGCCUGAUACCGGUCAGAUCUGCCUCACAUUCCCGCUACAUGAGAAGUCUCACAGACUCCUUUGUCCGACCACGUGGGCACGAGUGCGACGUGACCGAAAGAAUAUCCUCGGCCACAUCAGAUGUUGCUAACAUCAGCACACUUCCAACAGACAGCCGUGGGAGUGGGAAUAUAAAGAGCUGUCUUCCCAAAGCCACUGCUAAUCUCCACUCGCGAGUGAAAAACAAACAUGCUGCUUUGACCGGACAGGAGGGUCGACUUGAAAAAACGGAGACUUUGUGGAAUGCACUCAAAGCAAGCAGGGCAAAGAUGCCAGCAAGCACAGGCAUGUUUGAAGCUCAUCGGAAAAACCAUGGCACUCCUGGAACGGACAACCUCCUCGGAUCUUGGUGUAAACUAAGUUCUGGGGACAGUGCAGCCGAGGCAGCGAAAGGAAACUUUCAGAAUGCUGGUUGUUCGAAAGUCGAAGCAGAAAAUACCUUCCAAGCCCCUUCAGAUGAAAAUGACUGGCCGUUGCAAUGCUUCUAUGCAACAAAUAAAGAUCAGAACAUAAACCCUUCGUCUCAGUGGCAGUCAACCAUGAAAUGUUCAGAUGGUUGCCCUUCUCCCGCCCCAUUAUUCAAUAAACGGAAGUCUUUCACUACUGGGUUCCUUUCAAGGAAAAAGCCAGCUGUGGAGCCAUCCACAAAUCUCAAAGCUCUGAAUAUCUUCAGUUCAGUCAAACCAAAAGAGUUUAAUACAAAGAAAGAAACACAAGAUAAUGAAAUUCUUUCUGUAAGACAGCGAAGAUCACUUGGUCCACGCUCCAAAUCUUGUAUCCCAGUGAGAAAAAUGACACCAUCCAAUGAGAAGACACCCCAACAUAGUUUUAAUCAAUGUCAUGGGGUAUUAAAAUCUGGCACCUCAUCGGGCACGGUCGUCCAUGAAGGCCCCAGCACCGAAAGAAAAUCUGUUGGCAAGAAAGUAAUUGUCUCUCAGCUGGAGAAUCCAAGAGAUACAACAGUAGAGAUAGCAAUUCAGAGUAAAGCUCAAGAGGUCAAGACUAACAAACCUCCACUACCCAAACAGCGUUUCCGCUCACUUAUGUCCAACAUCAAAACCACCAUUUCCAAAUCAAGUCCCAGUCGAGAUAUUUCUGUAAAGGCACCUCCCUCUGCUAGACGUAUGCAGACAGUUUCUCCGUCUUCUUCAGUGUCACCCUCACAGAAAGCACCAUAUUCCAAACAGUUUCCCUGCACUAUAAAACAGCCAGUAAAUUCUGAACUGCAAACACCAAGAUGUCGUUGUAGGAAAAGCGCAGAUGACUCCGGUGUAUUGCGAUUAUCUGGCAGCAGAUUCUCUCAAGAAUCAACACGUUUGAAUAAAAGCAAGUCAACACUGGUGGCCUCUAACCACAACCAAAGGCAGUCAAAUCAACAGGUCAAUGAGAAAAAUAUCACAGGCAAACAGCCUGUACCUCAGGCCGAACCUGAACUCAAACCUCACAAAACAAACAGGGCACGUAACAAAACCAUGUCUCGCCCACAGCUUCAACCUGCAGGAAGCCCUGACAAACAACCAGGGUUCAUUCAACAAAGGCAGGAUAAAACAACCCAAAUUAAUCCAGGAAUACUUAAACAGACUCCUAAAUGGCCGCAACACCAGCAGAAACAAUCUAAACAAUACGACGCCGGCGUGUCUCCGAUAAGACAGCAAACAAAAAAUGCUAGCGGUGACAAAAAAACAACACCAAACUCAGACCCCUCGCAUGGCAAAAACUUUGCCACCCACGGCAAGAAAAACAAAAGGCUUAUGUCUGCGGUAGAAAAAACAACUUCUAAAAAAAAUGAGCUUAAUAGUGACAUGAAAACAGAGUCACAGAAACUUGAAAGUAAAUCCACACAAGACAGUAGGCCAGGUAACAAAGACCUUUUUGCAAAGUCUGAGGUUGUGAAAGCAGCACACUCACAUGAGAAUGAAAAGUCUCCAGUUCAUAUGUCAUUAGCAACAAGCCAUGGUCCCAGUGAGAAUUCCAAAACAUCCUGCAGCAGAGAACGGAAUCUGAAGCGUUCAAAAAGGUCUAAGUGUGGACAUCGUUGUUUAAAAGGGACUAGUAACCAGGCAUCUCUGGAUCCCGGACAGCAGUGUGCAUGUGGUUGCCUGGUAGCCAAGAACUCUGGUGGCCAAGGAGAUAACAGCACCCAGGUAGGCAGUAUGGAUACACUGAACACAGACAGUAACAGUAGCAAUACUGAUGGUGAGUGUGAUAAAAUGUGUCCAUGCGCAAGUCCUUCAUUGGGUAGAUCCCAGGCAAUUCAACAAGAUCCCAAGUCCAGUAAGAAAGUUAAUGAAAGGGAAAGCAAGCACAGAAGUGUAGUCUGGAAUAAGAGUGAGUCUGAAGUGGUAAUUCAAACAUCAAAAAGAAAAAGAGACAAAGAGAAACCACAUGUAUUGGCAGACAGUAAAAUAAAAGUUAAGACUGACAACUCUCUGAGACAUUCUGCUGUGGGUGGUCCUGAAGAUGCACAUGGUAUACCAAAAAAGCCAAAUAAACAUAUAUUCUCACCUCGUAAGUUUGAGACAGCUGGUCAUGUGGACUGCGAUCCUUUGUCGACAAGAAUGGCAACAUCGCAUCAAAGUGGUCAGCCUCAAGAAGACAGAAGCAAGCAGCAGACGUCGCCACAUCGAGACUGGUCAGCCAUCAAUUCAGACUUGGACAAACAGCCAGGAUCUCCUUCCUGGGACUACCAGCCAUCAGAAGUUGUUGAUCAAGAUGACGAUGACAAAAAAAUCCAAGCAGAUUUAGAAGAAACUCUAAUUAAACUCUACCAGGUACAGAACAGUCUUCACCUUCGUGUGAUUACUUUACAAGACAGCAUCAGGCAGCUCGGAGCAGGGCUGUCACUCCUGCAGCAACCUCACAAAGCUGACCCGGAGAGAGACUUCCAGUGGGAGGGGACUGUGUAUGAUUAUUUAAUGCUGCUGGGGUUCAUGGUGCUACAGUUCUGUAUCCAGUAUGUAGUCAUGAUCAGAUAA